AAUUUGGCGCUUUGUUGUAUACCAUCAUCCAAUUUGUACACUAUUUUAUUAUUAAAACCUACACAAGCUAAAGAGGUCCUACGUAAUAUUUAGGAAACAAAGAAAAGUUGCCUCAGUAACAUGAUUGUUUGUACUUAAAACGAAAUAUAUAUAAAAAUGAUGGUUUGGAAUCCAGUGUGGUUGAGUGAGACAGGUGAACAAUUCACGAGAAAACCUUACUUAACAUGGAUAAACAGAAAGUACCCAAAACGAGCCAUAUUAAAAGACGGUCGCAAAAAUAUUUACAUAAACAAAAUGGGCUGUACGCAUAAAUGGAGGUACUUUCAAGAUAUUUUUACCACUCUUAUGGACGCGCAAUGGAGGUGGAUCUUACAAUUCCUCGCAUUAGAAUUUUUUGGUAGUUGGCUAAUUUUCGCUCUAAUUUGGUGGCUGAUCGCUCUUGUACACGGAGAUCUUCUUGAGGAGCACUUACCAGAAAUGCAAGAGAAGACCGGUUGGACUCCUUGCGUCCUAAACAUCUAUGGUUUCCAUUCGGCUUUUUUAUGGUCUAUGGAAACCCAGCACACCACAGGAUACGGCACAAGAGUGAUCACUGAAGAAUGUCCUGAGGCCAUUUUUAUACUGAUGUGUCAAUGUCUCAUAGGUACCACUUUGGAUACAUUUGCAAUUAGCAUAGUAUUUGCGAAAUUAAUCCGUUCGAAACAUGCUGCCAAUACCAUCCAGUUCUCCAGGAAUGCCGUUAUAACGCCUAAGGAAGGAAAGCUUCGUUUUGUGUUUAGAGUGGGUGACUUAAAAAAAAGUAGACUCGUUAGGGUUAAAGUCAGAGCAAUUCUUCUUAACAAUGAGAGAACCCAAGAGGGAGAAAUCAUUCAAAGUUUCCAAACAGAGUUAUCCCUUAAAACAGACGAUAGCUCUAACCAGCCAUUUCUGAUCUGGCCCAUGGAAGUCUAUCAUGAAAUCGACGAAUACUCUCCCUUACAGAAUCUGACCAAUCCAGAAAUAAUGAAAACACAAAAAAUCGAAAUUAUUGUGGUGUUAGAGGGUGUCGUUGAAAGCACCGGCGUGUCCAUUGCGGCAAAAUCGAGCUACGUGGGAAGCGAAAUUUUAUGGAAUUGCCAGUUUGAACCAAUGGUGACUUAUAACAUCUAUAAGGAGUGUUACGAGGUUAAUUGGAGCAAGUUUGAUUGUAUCAGAUUGUUGGGGUCUUUGGAAAUGCAGAAUACUGAGGUCAACGAAGAGGGCAGAUACAUUUUCUAAUAUAUAUGGUCUAUAAAUAAAUAUAUUUUGAAAGUGAA